AUGACCGCCACUGAUGGUGUGUUGGCAAUUUUCUGCCUAACUGAAGGCAACAGACACAAAAGAAGUGCUAACGCUAACUGUGAGCCCAGAUUUACAGUAAUAGAAAAUCACAGCGCAUGCCUCAAUAGAUCAGACCAGGCUGGGGCCAGUGGUGUGUCGGAGGCGGAGAAAAAAGAAAUCGUCGAUGUACACAAUUUACUAAGGUCCCAGGUCGAUCCUCCUGCCAGAGAUAUGAUGAAGAUGAGCUGGGAUGACGAUGUCGCGUUAGUGGCACAAAAAUGGGCAGAAAACUGCGUGCUUAAUCAUGACGGGAAUUAUCAAAGACGAAUUCCAGGGCGAUUUUCUUCUGGACAGAAUUUGGCUUGGGGAGGAGGCAGAAUGACUUGGAAUACCACUGUCUACCUGUGGCACAGCGAGGUCUCUAAAUUCACGUUUGGAGGACCUAAUACGGCAGAAAUUGGGCAUUACACGCAGGUCGUGUGGUCGUCUUCCAUCAAAGUGGGAUGUGGUUACGCCUACUGUCAGACAAAUGCUGUACAUUACUAUGUGUGUAACUAUUCCCCAGCAGGAAACAGCAAUCGAGACCUUCCGUAUAAAAAUGGCACCAGCUGUGGUGACUGUCAGUCUCGAUGUGAAAACAAUCUUUGUGAUUGUGGGGGCAUUAUUUGUGAAAAUGAUGGAGUUUUGGACCUUAACACAUGCACCUGCCGGUGUUCCUUAAACAGGCCCUAUUAUGUUGGCAACAAUUGUGCAAUGAAUUGCUCUCUCCUUAUCCCGGACAUCUCCUGGUGUACAGAUUCACUCACCACCGCUUCAUGUGCCCAAUUUAGUAACGUACCGUAUUAUUGUCCAAAUCUAUGCAGCAUCUGCAAUUAUACUUUAAAUUCUGUUGCUGAGAUAACAUCGAAUUCCCCUUUGUCUUCCUCAUCCACUUCCGCAUCGGCUACCACUGGGUCUAUGACGUCAUCAAAGACUCCCAUGAUGACCACCACAGGGCUUCUGACGUCAUCAAAGCCUUCAAGAUCAAGUUCCGCCGCUGCCAUGACUACCUCGGGCCAGAUCAAUUUAGUGCGGACAACAGAGGGCUCAUCCUCAACUAAUAAUGGAGCCAGGCAAAUAAAUCCAUUCAGUAUCUGUGGGAUUUUUGGAGUUUUGCUACAAUUCCUGGUUGUGAUUUAAAGUAAAGGAAUAUUAAGCAAGCAGCUGUUUGACUAAUCUUGACCAAAUGAAAAUUGCACUAAAAGUCUUGGCCAUGAGCUAAAUAAAUAUUGCCAACCAAUUACAGAUGUCAGGAAAUGGAGGGACCAAACCUCACAUUGACAAAAGAACUUGGAAAAUAUUACAUUUUCAAUUAUAAUUAUACACCUUGUUUUCUAUGUCUGUCAUACUAACUAUUUUGUAGUGUA